AUGGUGGUGGAACAUGUCGGUAGGCAUUUGUUGGUCGAGUAUGGGGUGGCAGACAAGAAGAUGCUAAAGCUAAACGAACUAGUACAACUCAUCCAACCGGCUGAUAUUCAGCAGCUCACACACAAAAAUAUUAUGACAUAUCUUAAUACCCUAUUUAUAUUCCAACUUAAACAUCACUGUCAACGGAGUGAAGUGGAAAAGAACUCCAGUGAAGCCUUCCAACAACCGCUCUCACUCAAAGCCCUCGAUCUGAAAGGCUUGUGUCGUCGGGAAGCUUCAGCCGUGAUCUGCUUAUAUUCCUACCGAAAAGUCACCGAUGGCGCAAAUUCGUCGCAGCGAUAG